GUUUCCCCUCAGCGGUGUCCCUGUCGGGCUGGUCAGGUUACCAAACGGUUGCUAUGGUACCGGCCCUCCAACACUCCAAAGCUUGGGUCGAGUCUGCUCGCAGGCUCUGCAGUCUGUAUUCUGUGAGUUACAAUCCCCCCCGAGGGAGGUAAAGGAGGGCCAUGUCCGUUCAGCAAGUACCGCUGGGGUCCGUGACCAUCGGGGCCCCGGCCUGGAGGGAGAGCACCGAGCUCAGCCUGCGGAGAGCGUGUCGCCUGUUGAGGCAGACCGGCCUGGGGCCGGGCGGCACCGCGGCGGCUCGCCCCCGGACCCCUCCCACCCUCGGUUGCCCCAAACACGCCAGCACAGAGGACAAGACCGAGAAGCACGGAGACACCACAGAGGACGACGGCAACGGCAGGGACCACGCCGACAGCCGCGGCGGGGGUUGCAGUAUCGCUAGACCCCAGACGGUAGGGACAACGUUUCCACCUGCUUCCAAAAGCUCAACUUUGGUGCCUUCCCAGGCGGCCAGUCUGCGUGAGCGUUGCGCACGGCAGAGCACGGCAACGGCGGGUGAAUACAUGCGCUGGGUGAGAGAGGUAGAACUUCGGCUGCGCAGACAGGCGGGCAGAUCAAGCCAGGAGAUCGCCAAAUUGGAGCGGGAGCGCGCACAUCUUGAGAUGAUGCUGCGCAGCAUCAGAAACGACCUGCAGGUUAACCGGGAGAGCGCUGGGCAGCGGACCGAGAGGAGGCCUCAGCGGGACGGUGCUGAUUUGAUGCUGGCCUGGGAGAGGCGUGAGCUGACAGAGAUGAAACAUGACGUUGAGGAAACGCUGAGAAAGACGCAGCAACAGCUGCAGGUUCUGGACGAGUCCAGCAGGGACCUCCAGAUGUGGUCCAGCCAGCAAGCCCUGGUUCUGGUCCUGCUCCCCCAUCGCGGCUCGGUGCCCACCCCACAUCCACCACCAGCCGCCACCAGAACACUACCACCGACCUACGGCUUCACCUCAGAGUCUGAGCAGGUGCUGGACUCCUCCUCACUAGCCAUCAACCAAUCACAGCGGUUACGGGAGCAGAUCAGACACGCGCUGAGCGAGGUGGUUGCAAGGCAACGGGCGUCACAGCAUGUGGUCAACGGUGGUCUGGUGAAGAAAGUAGCGGAGACGGUCACGCUGGAGCGGAGCCUGGUGCUGACGGCAGCCGCCACCAGACAUGCGGCGUCUCGGAAACAGCGGGAGGUCGACUCCCUCCGCCUCAGCCAUGGGAGGGCACAGGGCCCAGAGUCCAGCAGUGAUGUGUUCUGCAGGGAGAGGCUGGGCCGUCCUGUGGUCCAGGUGUACCAGAGACACCCAGGCACCGAGCUCCCCGAGGCCACACACCUGCUACAGGGCAGUGCGGUGUUGGGCUAUCGUUUGGGUGAGUCUGAAGACGACGCAGCACGGCUUCGGCGAUGCUUCCUCCAGCUGUGUGGAGAGGCGCGAGGGAAGCGUGCGGCCGCGCGUCGCGACACAACCGUGGUACGCAUGCGACUGCAGCGUGGCGACAAGCGAGUAAUACCUCACAUCCUCCAGCAGGGGGAGCCAAAGGUGACGCAAGAAGAUGAUCCAUGCAGUCAUAGAAAUAUAAAUGAAGGACCUCAAUAAGGACCCUGUUUAUUUACACAACAUGAAAUAUUCAAUUACGUUGAUUGAUCAUGAUUCAAAUCAUGAUUAUGAUUGCUGGCUCAGAGUGAAACUUCCACAUUCAUGAUCAUAGGGCGCACUAUGUAAAAGUUUUGAAGUGUGAUGCAUUCUUAAACGAAUAAAACAAACCUUACUGGCUCAAUAUCCAUGUUUCCCCCUGGGUUUUGUGGUGAGGAGUUGGUAGUGUGUGAGAACCGAGAGGGGGAGGAGUUUCUGUUUCGUGCGUGUGUGUGCACUCAGAUAAAAUGUAACCAUGGUUUAGGCCUACGCAUAUAAUAUACAUGAUAACAGGACUAUCAACGCUAUUGUGUUUUACGUGAGAGACGGCAUCCAAUAUUGGUUGCUAGAAGAAGUCGAGACGCAGUGAUAGUUUCAACCUCCGUAGGCCUAUCGUGGCGCCAAUUAGGGACAGUUUCCCGCCAGAAGGUCUUAUGGAGGGAUUAUCAGUCUACGUCACUCCCCGCUCUACGCGCAUGCCGUUUGCAGAAGGAGACGAGAGCGACAAGAGCCGCAAUCAAUCAUGUCUUGUUAUGCGGUUGGUUGCACAAACCCU